AUGACCAAAAAGUUCUACACAGAAGAUGUUUUAAAAACGCUACCUUCCUAUGAUUUGUAUAAAGGUUUCUAUGAAGAUGUGGAGCCAGGCAAAAAAGGCUAUUAUGAAAAUUAUUGCGAAGCGGUGAAAAGAUAUGCUUUUGGCAAAGAAUGGGUUAACGACUUUUGCACUAAGUUUGUAAGGAAUUUAAAACAGGUAAAUUCGGAAGCGGAUGCAGGGAAAAAAAAUCGCUGUUUGCAUUUGAACUAUUGGAUAUUUCACGAAAUAUGGAAAAGGCACAAAAACAAAAAAGAUAACCCUUAUGACAUUCCUGUUUUUAAUGAAAUUCGUAAAGUGGGUGAGAGAAUUAACAGGGAGUCAUCUACUUACCAUUGUCAUUGCUACUUUCAUGGCAUCUUAGAUGACUGGAAAAAAGAGAAAGAAUUACAUGAUUAUUUUAAAAAUUUUAACCACAUUAAGAAGAAAUUUAGCUAUUAUAAUGAAGACUGCAAUUUGUAUUCACAGUAUGUUACUGAGAUGAAUAGCACAUAUUUUGAAAAGGAAUCGGACUGCUGCAUUUGGGUUGAUGAGAACUGUCACAAAUAUUUUGACUGCGACAAAGAGAAGAGGCCUUAUAUACUUUUAAGCUACUUAAAGUGUUACGAUAAAUCGUUAGUAGAACCUUCAGAUCAUGUAGUUCAAGAAGAAAAACCUCCAAAAUUACAAUUAGACAAUAGCAUAAUAAUUAAGCACGGAAGAUGCAUUUAUACCAAAGACGACAGGGGAAAUGAGCUAGGAUAUAAGUGCAUAAUUCCAGAGUAUCAGGUGCGUCCACAGGAAGGAGAAACUGUUAAUAGGGGGGAGCAAAAGGCAGAUUUAGGGCAGCACGUGCGGGUAGUUGACUUGACAACGCACCAGGAAGUCACCGACAUAAAAGUUGAACCGAAAGUAAAGCAAGUGGAAGAGGCAGAGGCAAAGGCAGAGGACGUGGAAGAAAAUGCAGAGGGUUCCGAACCGGAAGAACCAGUGUCGCUAUUUGCUGAAGUUGUACCAACUGUACGUAAGGAGUAUGCGAGCGAAAGGGAAGUUACUUGUUUGCCCAAUCAAAUAAAAGACCAAUGGGGAUUAUGCAAACCGAAAGAAGAGAAACGAGAACAUGAGGUCCUUAAAGAAGUGGUAAAAACAAAGAAAGAUCUUGAAAGGAGCGUCCCAACUUUUGAUAACGAUUUUCCAUAUUUCAAUUCAGAACACGAAAUGAACCUACUGGACGAUGGAUUUUCCCGCAUUGCCUCAGGAACAGGAUUAACAGUGGCAGCAUCUUUGAUGUUUUUCCUUUUCUAUAAGGUAAGAAAAAAUAGGUUCUAA